AUGGUGUCAGGAUCAGGGAUAUGCUCGAAGCGCGUGGUCGUGGACGCGCGCCACCACAUGCUGGGGCGUUUGGCGUCGGUCGUGGCCAAGGAGCUCCUCAAUGGCCAGAAAGUCGUCAUUGUGAGGUCCGAGGAGAUUUGCCUCUCCGGUGGACUUGUCCGCCAGAAAAUGAAGUACAUGAGGUUCCUUCGCAAACGUAUGAACACUAAGCCUUCUCACGGCCCCAUUCACUUCCGUGCUCCCUCGAAAAUCUUCUGGCGUACCGUUCGCGGUAUGAUUCCACACAAGACAAAGCGAGGAGCAGCAGCACUUGCUCGUUUGAAGGUAUUCGAAGGUGUUCCUCCUCCGUAUGACAAGAUCAAGAGGAUGGUCAUCCCCGAUGCUCUCAAAGUCUUGAGGCUUCAAGCUGGUCACAAAUACUGUCUCUUGGGCCGUCUUUCUUCUGAAGUCGGGUGGAACCAUUAUGACACCAUUAAGGAGCUGGAGGCGAAGAGGAAGGAGAGAUCUCAAGUGGUUUACGAGAGAAAGAAGCAACUUAACAAGCUUAGAGUCAAGGCCGAGAAGGUUGCUGAAGAGAAGCUCGGAGCUCAGCUCGACAUUCUUGCACCGGUUAAGUACUGA